AUGCUCCUCGGCAAUGACUGGCUCGUACCCGCCGGAGCUUCCAUCAACUUCGGCGAUAAGACCCUCACGUAUCAGCUCAACCCGCAGGAGGUCGAGACGAUUCCGAUAGUCUGUGGCAAGACAACCGACAGCCAUCCUCAGUACAUGGCUGUAGAAGAUCAAGAUGAUGAGUCCGAGGAACCAGAGCCCGAGGAACCAGGAGACGACAACACCGAUACGCUUGUCCCUUCCUUUUUGACAGUCGCCGCAUCAUCCGAAGAAGAAGAGGGAUCGGAAUCUGCUGAGCAAAAGGAGGAAGACGAGACGGAAUCAGGCGAAACCGACCAAGAUGACGAGAGUGAAUCCGAAGAGGCAACCGACAAUCCCAUCGAUAACCUCCCCGAGGACACUCCUCAGAAAGGACAGGACCCGACCGAAACCGACGGCCCCGAGCUACCCACCCCAGUAGCCGACCGAGGAAAACGCCCCAUGGAGACCGAAGAGGCAUCCGAACCACCUUCCAAAGAACAACGUAUCAACCCCACUAUCGAGGACGACAUUCCGAUCGAACCUGAACCGGAAGAAGAGCAUGCCGGGCGCCACACCGACAUUUGGAAGGACAAGAAUAACAUCAAGUUCCUCAAGACCGGAGUAGUUGACCCAGACUGA